GCAACAACCGCAGAAGCGGUGGCGGCCGGCGCGGGAGGGUCGGUUUCGCUCGCUGGGGUUGCGCUGCCAGGUUUCUUUACGCUCAUGCUGUGUUCCAGUUUGCAGUAAUGGAACAAGAACCGGAUCCAGCUCUGCAGGGAAAUGCCAACAUCAAGGCAAUCAGAGAAGAAUACAGGAAAGCUUUCGUGUUUGUGAAUAAAGGCCUGAACACAGAUGAGUUGGGACAGAAGGAAGAAGCCAGAAAUUAUUACAAGCAGGGGAUCAACCACUUGCUCAAGGGAGUCGGAAUCCCAUCGCAAGGCCCUGAAUGCAUGGGACCCCAGUGGGAUUCUGUCAGGCAGAUGCAGCAGAAGAUGAGAGAGACCCUACAAAACGUUAGUGCGCGACUGAGUAUUCUAAAUGAGAAUGCGCAGCCCAGUCCCGUGGCAGCGGAUGCCUCUGCAGAGUUGCCGAGGUUAUAUCCAGCAAUUCCCGCCAAAGAAAAGCCCGUGAGGCCUCCUGUACCUAGUUCAUUGACAUCUCCUCCCAAAGGGGCAAGUGUGGAUUCUGUAGGCCAAGACCCAGUUUCUGGGAUGAGUCCUUCCUCUUCGAUGGCUCUGCCUGCUGACGCACCCCCUGCUUAUACCCCUGAAGCCACUGAUGGGCACUUUACUGUGUCGUAUGGAACAGACUCUGGGGAGUUCUCCUCUGUUGGAGACGACUUCUACACAAAAAACAUGCAGCCGCCUCCUGUUCACAGUUUUGGAGUGGAUGCCGACGAGCUGAUCCUCAUUCCUCAUGGAGUGCAGAUAUUCUAUGUAACACCUGAUGGGCAAGUUAGUGCACCCUCCUAUCCUGGAUACCUUCGGAUUGUGAAGUUCUUGGACAGUGAUGAAGCUGUGGCCCAGAAUCGCCCCCCUGCUUUUCUUCAGGUUUGUGACUGGCUGUAUCCUCUUAUGUGCCAUCAGUCGCCUGUUCUCUCCUGCAGUACUGGAGUGUACAUGUUCCCUGACGUGAUGUCACAGGUGUCAGGCUCCUACGUGGGAGUAGUGCUAUCAUCAGAGCUCCCAUCUGCUGUCAGAGAACUGUUUGAAGAUCUGCUGAAGCAGAUGUCUGACCUUAGAGUGCAGGUUCCAGGAUCCCAUGAGGGAAUAGGGUUACCAUCAGAAUGCCCACGAUCUUACAAAGAACUUUUUGAGGAUCUGUUAAAACAGAGGUCUGAUCUCAGAGACCAGCCAGCUGACACUUCCAGUGAUGAGAUUAACCUCCGCCAGAUUGUGCGUAUUCAACCGCAGCCUGAAGAGGAGGGAAGAGCGCUACCUGACUGGAGUGAGAAAGUCGCCCAUGGAAUUUUAUCAGGAGCUUCGUGGGUGAGCUGGGGUCUGGUCAAAGGAGCUGAAUAUACUGGAAAAGCAAUCCAUGCAGGAGCAUCUAAACUACGAGAACACAUUCAGCCAGAGGAAAAACCUUUGGAAGUCAACCCAACUGUAGCAAAAGGGCUCCAAGUAGCAAAGCAAGCUACCGGAGGGGCAGUAAAAGUUAGCCAGUUCUUGGUUGAAGGUGUGUGCUCCAUUGCAAGUUGUGUUGGAAGAGAGUUAGCCCCUCACGUGAAAAAGCAUGGAAGCAAACUGGUUCCAGAUGUCCUUAAGAGAGAUAAAGAUGGGAAGUCUACUUUGGAUGGGGCUCUGGUUGUAGCUGCAAGUGGAGUUCAAGGAUUUUCUACAAUCUGGCUUGGCUUGGAAAGUGCUGCAAAAUGUAUUGCUAAAAGUGUAUCUAAAGAGACAGUUCAGACUGUUAAGCAUAAGUACGGGGACGCUGCUGGCCAUGCAACAGACAAUGCAGUAAAUUCUGCCAUCAACGUGGGUGUGACGGCUUUUAAUAUCGACAAUAUUGGUAUCAAAGCCAUGGUGAAGAAAACUGCAAAGGAAGCGGGCCAUGCCGUGCUGGACGAAUACAAGAUUAUAGAAAAGGAGAAGAAAAAAGAUGGACUGUGAUAACUCCAGUUGGUGGAUUUCCUAAAGCCUUAAAGUGUGGUGUAAUUUAUUUAAAAGAAAUGAACUAUUAACAGAUGUCUCCCUGUAUUUUUCUAAUUCUUGGCACUUCUGAACUAAUUCCAAAAGCUUUUUAAAAAGUCUCUCCUAGAAUGAACGUUUCAAGUACCAUCUCAGUAUUUCUGUUUUCACACUGGCACUGUCAUCAAGCUUCCGUAAGAGGAAGGCUAUCGAGUGCUUUUUUCAAAUUGGUAGAUAAAAGAGUUUAGAUCUGUGUAUAGUGGGACUAUUUUUGUAACCUUAUUUAUAGGUAUAACAUAUCUGGAGUAACUAAUAUAAAUGGCUGCUAAGAUUAAAAAUAACUAACAAUAUAAAUGGCUGCUGAGAUUAAAAAAAAGUCUAAUGAAGCUGUAUGCACUACUUCAAUUUUAAACAAACCCACUGGUUAAACUGUAAGCUCCUUAUAUAGUUUCCUUUAAAUGAACACUUGGUUCCAAGCACUUGUAAUAAACCAAAGAUUUAAAUUUUGCUAUUUAUUCAGUUAGUGAUACAGCACAGUUAACUGCACUGUGAAAUCCUGGACUCCUCUGGAGUAGAUCACCUUUCUGUCCUACUAUGAUGGGCAAACCUAAUCCCACUUGUAGGUUGGCCUCAUCAAACCUGUGGAAGAUAUAUAUAUUUGCUUUAAUAAGACUGGAGCUCUGCUAAAGAGAAGGGUGUGCUCAGCAUAAAUGCUUUAAUCACUUUGUUGCAUGUUUGAUCCGGGAUCACAUCUCGGUCUCUGAGAAAGCUCUCUAACACAAGUGGAAACGGCUGCCCUGUGUUGCCAUAUGGUACAUUUCAUACGGUUAAGUAUUUACUGACCUCCACAGUCAAUAUAAAAAAUUCAAUUGUUAUUGACAUGAGAAUCUUCACUCAGUUAGCAUACCCUUGCUUUAGUUUGAUGUAACUUCACUGAGAGCUUUCACAGAUGCCAAAUGUUGUAGUAUUGGUUGGGAAUGAAUCCACUGGUUAAGGGGCUUACGUCUUAAAAUCUGACUGAGCUUUCUUAUUAAUUUAAAACUACAAAUAAACUUAAAACGAACUUUUC